AUGGCUCCGUUCGCGGCGUGUAGGCUGUGGUGUGGCUAUUACAGACCUUUCCUGCUGACCGGAUCGGGCGCAAGUCUUAGUGGACGGGCCAUUAGUUGGAGGUUAUAUUCGGGAAGUGCAUCCCUCUCAAAAGUUGAAGGAGAUGAUGUAACAAGUAUUGAUGAAGUGGUCAUUCCAAGGAAGAAAACUUGGGAUAAAGUGGCUGUUCUUCAGGCACUUGCAUCCACAGUAACCCGGGAUGCCACCGCUGUGCCUUAUGCCUUUCAGGAUGAUCCUUACCUCAUACCAACAUCUGCUGUGGAAUCUCGUUCAUUUUUAUUGGCGAAGAAGUCUGGCGAAAAUGCAGCAAAGUUUAUUAUGAAUUUACAUCCUAAAUUUUUUCAGAAGGACAUAGCUGAACCCCAUAUACCGUGUUUAAUGCCCGAAUACUUUGAACCUCAGAUUGAAGACAUAAGUGAAGCUGCCCUGAAGGAACGUAUUAAGCUCAAAAAAGUUAAAGCUUCAGUGGAUAUGUUUGAUCAACUCUUACAAGCAGGAACCUCCGUGUCCCUGGAAACAACUAAUGGUCUCUUGGAUUUAUUGUGUUACUAUGGUGACCAGGAGCCCCCUGCUGAUUAUAAUUUUCAACAAACUGAAAAAGCGGAAGACUCGGAAGAGGCCACAGACGAACAGAAUGAGAAACCCAGGAGGAAGGACAGUCAUCAGUUUGGAGUCACUUGGAGAGAUAAAAACAAUGCUGAGAGGAUCUUUGCUUUAAUGCCAGAGAAAAAUGCCCAUUCUUACUGCACAAUGAUCCGGGGAAUGGUGAAGCACCAAGCUAAUGAGCAAGCAUUAAAUCUCUACACUGAAUUAUUGAACAACAGGCUCAGAGCUGAUGUGUACACCUUUAAUGCUUUGAUUGAAGCAAAAGCAGUGGCAGCUAAUGAGAAAUAUGAGGAGAGAUGGGAUAAUAUACAGGAGCUUUUGAAACAAAUGGUUGCACAGAAGGUGCAACCAAACCUACAGACUUUUAAUACCAUCCUCAAAUGCCUUCGAAGGUUUCGUUUAUUUGGGAAAGUACCAGCUUUGCAGACUCUACGUGAAAUGAAGGCCGUUGGAAUAGAACCGUCACUUGCAACAUAUCACUAUAUCAUUCAAAUCUUUUAUCCCGCUGAAGACUCUUCAAAAAUGUUCUCCCACGUAAUCUAUGAUAUUAUGAAUGAAAUUGCAGGGAAGACAUUUUCCUCAAAGGACCUAGAUGACGAUAUGUUUUUUCAGUCAGCAAUGAGAGUUUGUUCCUCCCUCAGAGAUCUGCAACUUGCUUACCAAGUACAUGGCCUUUUAAAUACUGGUGAGAACCGGAAAUUCAUUGGAACUGAUCAUCGAUGUAGUUACUACUUUUCCAAGUUCUUCCAUUUGCUUUGUCUGAUGGAACAAAUUGAUGUGACCUUGAAGUGGUAUAAGGACCUGAUACCUUCGGUCUUCUUUCCCAGUGCCCAAACAUUGAUAAACCUUCUCCAAGCAUUAGACGUGGCCAAUCGACUAGAAAUGAUUCCUAAAAUUUGGAAAGAUAGUAAAGAAUAUGGUCACACCUUUCGCAGUGAUCUGAGAGGGGAGGUCCUGGCGCUCAUGGCCAGGGACAAGCACCCAACAGAGAUAGCAUUUGCUGACUGUGCCGCAGACAUCAAGUCCACUUAUGAACAUCAAGAUGCCAGGCAGCCUGCCUUGGACUGGCCAGCCAGGCCUUUGCACUGUCUCGCUGUCCUCUUCCUCAGGGCGGGUAGAACCCGGGAAGCCUGGAAAAUGUUGGAGCUUUUCAGGAAGCACAAUAAGAUCCCCGGAAAUGAACUGCUGAAUGAGUUUAUGGACAGUGCUGCAGCCGCAGGCAGCCCCACACAGGCCAUUGAGGUGGUGCAGCUGGCCAGUGCCUUCAGCUUGCCUGUGUGCGAGCACCUCUCCCGUAGAGUGGCCACAGACUUCACGCUCAGCCAGGAACAGAAGUAA